AGUGUAUACAGCUAUAUACUGGUAGUCUUCUUUUUACUGUAUAUCAGGUGUCCACCGCUUCAUAUACCAGUGUUGUGCUCCAGUGUACAGCUAAAUGCCAGGUGUCCACUGCUCAGUGUAUACAGCUAUAUACAAGUGGUCCACUCCUGCAUAGGCAUCAAUAUACCAUGGGGGUGCUCCAGUGUACAACUAUAUCCCAGUUGUCUAUUGCAAGGGAUACAGCUUUAUCCGUGGUGCCCAUUGCAUGGUACAGUCAUGGCCAUAAAUGUUGGCACCCCUGAAAUUUUUCAAGAAAAUAUCAUAUCCGGACACUUGGUGACCAUGGCUGACCUCUGCCCUUGUAUGUCACCUUUUUUUUUUAACCCUUGCUCGACAAGCAGGGGCAACACCAGCCGUGAAAAGGUGAACACUCAAGAUCAAUGACUGGACCCAGUGCUGAAGAAUAAAGCAGGUGACAUCCACCUUCGUCUUCCAUGUUCAUCCAGUACUUCCCGGAUUGUGUGACACAACCCAGAGAUCCCCACGUACACACCUGAACCCUCACAGGUGUAUCCAGCCAUGCUGCGUCUCGUCGCACUCCUCGCUGCCCUCUGUGCAGUCACACAAGGCUGCCCCACCAUCCUCACCAAGUCUCAAUGGGGAGGCAGGGCCCCCACUUGCAGGACAGCCAUGGCCACCCCGGUGACAUACGUGGUCAUUCACCACACCGAGGGCACCGCAUGUUCCACCCAAUCCGCCUGCAUAACCCAAGCCAAGAACAUCCAGAAUUAUCACAUAAACAGCAACGGCUGGUGUGACAUCGGCUACAACUUCCUUGUAGGUGAAGACGGUAACGCCUAUGAGGGCCGAGGAUGGACAUCAGUAGGUGCUCAUGCCCCAAAUUAUAACUCCAACUCCAUUGGCAUCAGCGUCUUUGGAUCCUUCAUGAACUAUAACCCCAACACUGCCGCCCAGAAUGCUGUGAAGAAUCUCAUCAGUUGUGGAGUCUCCAGGGGAUACAUCAAAUCUGCCUACAUCCUGAAGGGGCAUCGUAACGUCACCGCCACCGACUGCCCCGGAAACACCUUUUACAACACAGUCAGGACCUGGCCCCGCUUCCAGGCUUAAUCCUGAAGGGUUAAUGUACCGAGCUGUAUACUGCAACUCAGCCCAAUAAGGUCCACUUUUUAUCCCUCACUACAAUUUAUUAAAACUUAACUUUUUUUUAACUUUG